AUGGCUAGUGCUAGCACCACCAGCUUCUUCCUUCUCCUCGCCACCACCAUAGUACUCCACUUCGCCUCCCUCAUCCCUGCUUCCCUCUCACAGAGUCCCACCGGCCAAGUCGCCCCAUCCCACGCCUGCAGCGUCACCACUGACCCUUCUUUCUGCAAAUCAGUCAUACCAGCUCACGCGCGCUCCGAUCUCUUCGGCUACGGCCGGUACCUGGUCAACAAGUCGUUGGAGGAGUCGGCGAGGAUCUCCGCCCUCGUCGACCAAACCAUCAGGGGGGAAACUUCCCUCAGCGCACCCGCUCUGGGCGCACUCAAGGAUUGCCUGUUCCUCUCCGAGCUCACCACCGACUUCUUGGUCACUUCCCUGAGUACCCUCAACUCCACCGACCCCACCACCCUUCAGGACGAUCAGGGCGUGGACGUCCAGACCUGGCUCAGUGCCAUCAUCACGAACCAGCAGACCUGUUACGAUGGGCUCACACAGGCCUCCUUCCUCAGGAGCGACAACUCCCUCCAUGCCCCUCUUGUGAACGGGACGCAGCUCUACAGUGUGUCCUUGGCCAUGUUCACCCACUCCUGGGUGCCAAAGACCGACGGCACGACUGAUCAGCUUUCCGAGAACAACCGCAAGCUUCUGGAUGGUUCGAAGGCCGGCCCUGCCGGUUUCCCGAGCCGGUCGAAGUUACCGGAUGUCUUUGGACGUAAAAGAAGGAUGGCGCUCGACACCGGCGACGUCCAUGUGAAGUCCAUGGUGACCGUUGCUCAGGACGGGAGUGGGAACUACGGAACCAUCGGGGAGGCCAUAGCAGCGGCGCCAAACAACACGCACCCUGAAAAGGGAUACCAUGUGAUCUACGUGAAGUCUGGGGUUUACCAGGAGUAUGUGUUUGUGGAUAAGAAGAAGAAGAAUCUGAUGAUGGUUGGGGAUGGCAUCAACAAGACCAUCGUCACCGGCAGCAACAGCGUCGGAGAUGGUUUCACUACCUACAAAUCUGCAACCUUUGCCGUGGUGGGACCGAAUUUCAUAGGACGGGACUUCACAGUGCAGAACACGGCUGGCCCAGCCAAACAUCAGGCCGUGGCCGUUCGGAACGGUGCCGAUCUCUCUACGUUCUACCGCUGCAGCUUCGAGGGCUACCAAGACACUCUCUACGCCCAUUCCCUUCGUCAGUUCUACAGAGAAUGCGACAUUUACGGCACCGUCGACUUCAUCUUCGGCAAUGCAGCGGCCGUCUUCCAGAACUGCAACCUCUAUGCCCGGCUGCCCAUGUCCGGCCAGCAGAACAUGUUCACGGCUCAGGGCAGAACCGAUCCCAACCAGAACACCGGGACCUCCAUAAUCAAUUGCACCAUUUUAGCCACCCCAGAGCUCUCCGCCAGCGGCCAGACAAAAUCGUUUCUGGGGAGGCCGUGGAAGAGUUACUCGAGGACUGUUUACAUGGAGUCCUUCAUUGGAAGCCUGAUCGAUCCCUCCGGCUGGGCGCCGUGGUCGGGUGAUUUUGCUUUGAGCACCCUGUACUAUGGGGAGUAUAACAACGCCGGGUCUGGGGCAGACACUAGCCGCAGAGUGACAUGGCCUGGAUACCACGUCAUGGGUUCGAGCGAUGCCACCAACUUCACCUUGGCUAACUUUCUGCAAGGCGAUGUGUGGCUGCCCGGCACUUCUGUGCCCUUCACUGCUGGGCUCGCCUGA